AUAUAUCAAUAUACUUUUGCAUUUAACAUUCUGUUUCAAAAUAUUGGGUACUGCUAAUAAAGGUUUCAGAAUAUUCGACAUUAAAACAACUGUUAAAAAAAAAUUCAGAAUAUUCAACGUUAAAAAAACUGCUUGGAUAGCUACUUCGCAUUUCCAGAUAAUAAGCGCUCGACAAUCGUUUCCAUGUGGGGAUCAACAGGAUUUAUUGUUAGAAGCAACCUUUAACAUUUCUAUAGAAUGUAAGCAAUGCACGGCUUUAUCAAAUAUGCUAUUGCGAAAUACGGAAGAACAUGCGGAUAAUUUGUUAUGGAGACACUUCCAUACCACACCUGUAAUGUUGCCUUAUCUUGCAACAAUGAUUGUGUCUAAUUACCUAUUCCCACUUAAGACCGAAAUUGAAAUCAUUAACAUGUGGUGCAGAAACGAAUCUCGAUUUCACAUAGAAUUUGCAAAAAAUGUAACUAUACGUAUCACGAGGUUUCUUGAAUAUGAUUGGAAAGCUUUCUCCAUAUUGGAAUCGAAGGUGGAUCAUGUUGCAAUUCCAAAUUUCCAUGACAAAGGCAUAAUAGUUUACGGACUUGUUCUUUAUAGGGAAACAGAUAUCAUCUACGAUAAAAAUUUAUAUCCUAUUGCUCAGAAAAUCGAAGUAGCUCAAUUAGUAGGACGUAAAGUGACACAGCAAUGGUUUAAUAACAUGAUGAACAAUCCAUUACUAUCGGAUUUUUGGCUUAAAAUAGGUCUUACUACAUUGCUUGCAACGUAUGCUGUCAAUAAGGCUUAUCCAGAUUAUCGAAUAAUGAAUUUAUUUGUUGUUCAAAAUCAACAUUACUCUUUUAAUUUGGAUGGUAAUCAUAUGUGGCCUUCUACUUCACAAGAUGACAGUUUAUUGAAAAUUCGCCAAUCUAUCAGAGCACCUUUUAUACUACGGAUGAUGCAACACAUCCUCACAGAAGAAAUGUUUCAGGAAAGCAUAAGCACAUAUGCAUAUGACACCGAAUCAUAUGAUAAAGGCUUUGUGGAGCUUACAAAACAUAUUGCUUUAAAAAAUCCAAAUAUUACUCAACAACUAACAAGAAUGGAAGAUUGGGCUUUGGAAAAUCAUUGUCCCGUGAUUAAAGCAGUACGAAAUUAUCAUGAUAGAGAGAUAAUGAGCGAAGUAAAUGUAUCGAUACAAUAUAUCAACACAUUAAAAAUUGGCUGCAUUCCUGUAACUUUUACUAGGGAAGCGUCUCUCGAUUUUAACAAUUUUACUCAUCAUAUGGUAUGCGUGUCAAAGGAUUUAAAAUUAUCAUUACCAUUUAAAGAGGAUGGUUGGAUGAUAUUCAAUAUACAACAAAUUGGAUAUUAUCGCGUUAACUAUGAUGAUGAGAAUUGGCGAAGAAUUUCAAGUUAUUUGAAAUCAGAUAAUUACACGAAAAUUCAUGUUCUUAAUCGUGCCCAAAUUAUCGAUGAUGCAUUUCAUUUAAUAAUAGCAGGAGAACUCAAAUUCCUUGUAUUUAUAGAUAUAAUAUCGUAUUUGCAUCGAGAAGAAGAGUAUAUAGCAUGGUAUCCUAUGUUUAAAGCUCUGGAAUACAUAUUUAGCACUGUUCCUGUAGCCAUGCUGGAAGAUAAAAUGUGGAAUUUCAAGAAUUACAUAAACCAUGCAUUAAACGAGGUACUUAAAAUAAGAAUCAAAUAUGAAGAAAUUGAUGAUAGUGACGACCUUAGAAAAUGUUUACGACAAGAAGCUGCAAGAUGGGCAUGUUUUCUCGGCGACUUCGAAUGUAAGGCAGAAGCCAACAAUAAAUUAGUACAACAUCUACAAAAUUCUACAAAGCACAAACUUUUGCCAUGGUGGAAGGAAUGGACAUAUUGUAAAGGUUUGAUGAUAUCUAUCAAAGAAGAUACCACUUGGAAAUUAGUGCAUGAUAUAGGAUUGGAUAAAUCUGACACUAAAUUUUCAGAAUACUUGGCUUGCCCUGAAGAUAUUGAUGUCAUCUACAAGUAUUUAACAUACUAUAACCAGUCUAAUCUAAUAUACUAUAACCAGUACAAUUUUACAGAGCAAUAUCAAUAUCAUUUUGACAUGUCCUUACAUAUUAUUACGAAGCAUGCGAAGAAUCAAACUAUACUGCAAUACAUAUUAAAUGAUUUUUGCCAAAUAAAAUCAAAAGAUAAUAUUAUACUGUUGCAGUAUUAAUUAUUAUUAUUAAUAAUAUACAUUCUCUAAAUCUAAAUGAGAAAAUAAACAAUUACUUUGAAUGUAUGAAGGACAAUAUAGACUUUUCUAUAAUGGAAGAAAAGGAUUCCAAAAUGUUGAUUUCUGACAAAAUUGAGAGCAAGAUAUCAAUUCGCAACGAUCAAAUCAAAAGACAGAUACAAUAUUCUGAAAAUAUUUUUUUUGUUCAGUGGAAUUAAAAAAUUGCAGCUUUGCAGGCGUGAAUGUACUUCAUAUGAAUAAUUUUUUAUAUUGUAUGUACUAUUUCUUUUAUUGCUUUAAUUAUUGUUUACAUAGAUGCAUUACUAUUUGAUACCUCUGUAUUACUAAACUUUAUGACUGCGUGCCUAAAGUUUUUCAUAUUUUUGCAAACUUGCUUGAAGUAGUUGAAUUAUAUAUUAUUCUGUAUAUAUAGUCACAAGAAA